GCAUGUGGUGUUUCAUUUGGUUAUCUUAUAUCAUGUUUAUGUCGUAAUACUGAUGUUGCAUUAUCAUUUGGACCACCAUUAAUUAUGCCAUUUCAAUUAUUGGGUGGUUUUUUUCUCAAUACACAUUCAAUACCAAAAUUUUUACGUUGGACAAAAUGGAUAUCAUGGUUUUAUUAUGGAUUCGAUGCAUUAGCCGUUAAUCAAUGGCGUAAUGUUGAAAUUUUAGAUUGUGUUGAUAUUUCAAAUUCCGAAACAAUUGCUACAACAACAACAGCAGCAUCAAAUCUUCAUUCAUUUAAUAAUGAUACACAUAAUUUAAAACCAAAACAACAACAAAUGUGUUUUGAAACUGGUCAAGAUGUAUUACAUUUUUUGGCACUUGGCAUACAACCAGAAUGGCUGAAUUUUUUUGGUAUUUUAUCGUUAAUGUUUUUAUUACGUUUUAUUGCCUAUUUAACUUUAUUGUUUAUUGCAAGAAAUCGUUGAAAAUUUUGUC